AUGUUCAAGCCCACCCAAUCCCUAUUCGGAGGUCUUCUCUGGAAGACCCCAUGGCGCCUCUCUUCGCCUCAGAAGGCUCGGCAGCGCAAGCGCUUGCGCGCUGUGGACCGCGUCGUCGAUACCGUCAGCGCUGCACUAGCCCGGAAUGGUCAGAACACCAAGGCUGUCGAGCGUUGGUACAAGGAGAUGCCCCGUGAAGAGGAGAUGCUGCCCAAGGACAAGUACACUCUCUUCGACAAAAAGGAGAAGUCCUACCGCAAGGGCAUUCACAAGCUGCCCAAGUGGACUCGUGUCAGCCAGCGUGUGAACCCUCCUGGAUUCUAA